CACACUUCUCUCUCCACCCUACUCCACGCCGCCGCCGACGUAAAUUCGAAGAUUAAAAAAAUUGAACUAGCUUUUCCACUAAUUGGCUUCAAUUCAAGCUAAUUGGCUUCAAUUCGAGCUAAUUAGCUUCAAUUCGUGGUUUGUGAUAUCUGAAUUAGGGCUAAUUUUUUUAAUCAGUAAUCAUGGCGGAGAAGGGGAAGGGGAAAUCCAGGGGCGAAAUUGCACAACGUCGGAGGAGAGACGGAGGAGAGGUUAGGGGCAAAAAGAGGAAGAAUCUGAGCUCGAGUGGUAAGCGUAAGGAGGAGAAGAAGCGGCGGAGCGGACCUAGCCUGCCGAAUGCUUUGAAAAGGGAGCUCGAGCGGCUCAAUCCGACGGUCGAUGGAGAGGCGUCGGAUGGUGAGGAUGAGGAGAUUGAUUCCGAUGCUGCGGUUGGCAAUGACGUUUAUGAGUAUGAAGAAGGGGUUGCGGAGGAGGAGACGAUGAAGAAUAAGCGGUAUGAUCCUGUUGAGAAUUACGAGUUUGAGCUUCCUGAAGACUUUGAGGAUUGGAAGGUUCCAUCUGAUGAGGAUGAUGAUGAUAAUGAUGAUGAGAAUGAAGAUCCAGGAAGACAUGGUCGAAUGUUGGAGGAGAUUACUGGACUUCCUGCUGACGCUUUUGGAGGUAAAAAGAAAAAGGAUUUGAUCAUAUCGGAGGCAUAUCCAGAGUCUGAGUAUAAUCCCACUGGUGAUAUUCUUGAUGGGAGUGGCCGGAUUAGCAUUCAAGACCUUCUAGAACCGCUUCAUGGCAAGUCUGGCUUCAGCAAGCUCAGGAAAGACUUGCAUCGGAUGGGGAAGCAGACUGUUCCGACUCUGGCACCAGUGGCCAGGACUGAUCAAGAGAGGAUUGAGCGGAAGGCUGCCUAUGAACAAUCUAAGAAGGACAUUACCAAGUGGGAACCCUUGGUCAAGAGGAAUAGAGAGGCACCUACGUUGUUUUUUGAUGAAGAUAAGGAGUUGGGAUAUUCAACCAUAGGAGCAAUUGCUUCUGAAUUUAAACCAAGAACGGAUUUUGAGAAGAAAAUGGCUUCCUUGGUCAACCAAAGUGAAGUUGUUGAAGCUCACAAAAGGGAUGGUGCCAGGCUUCUAGAACUAAACGAGGUAUCUAUUGAAGAUGUAAAGGAAAGGCAGGAACGGCUUGCAAAAAUGCGCGAUCUUCUUUUUCGUCAUGAAAUGAAGGCAAAACGAGUUAAAAAGAUAAAGUCCAAAACAUAUCACCGGCUGUUGAAGAAAGAUAAGUCAAAGGCAGCAGAAGCUUCAAUCCGAAUGGACCCAGAAGCUGCCAAGGAACAUGCAAUGAAGAUAGAGUUCAAAAGGGCUGAGGAACGUAUGACCUUGAAGCAUAAAAACAGCUCUAAAUGGGCUAAGCGAAUCUUAAAACGUGGUUUAGAUGCCCAAGAUGAUGCUACUAAAGCAGCCUUUAGUGAGCAACUUAGUCAACAUGCCGCUUUGACUAGAAAAAUAAAUUCUAUCAAAGAAAGCAGCAGUAGUGAUGAUAGCAGCGACGGUGAUGACAGUGAUGACAUGUCAGCUGGUUCCGACCAGGAAGCUGCAGAAAAGUUGAUCAAGAAGGCUAAGGAGAAGACACUUAAAGUCCUAGAAGGGGAUGAUGAAGUGCCUACAUCGGGAGUGCUUGCUUUACCUUUCAUGGUGCGAGGGCUGAAAAAGAGAAAAGAUGCUGCUGAUGAGGAAGCAAAACUUGCUCUUGAAGAGUAUGAGUCAUCUUUGAAGCAGUUGGGUGAUACAAGUAAGUCGAGAAGCUCAGACAAGGAGGCCAAGGGUGCCUCAAGUGGUAGGAGGGUGUUUGGUGCUCCUGAAAAAGUGGUUAACGGAACAACAAAGAAGGAAAAAGUGAAUAACUACUAUGGUGAUAGUGACAGUGAAAGUGAUGCUGAGGCCAACGCAGACGAUAAUACUCUCAAUGAUCAAACUGGAAAAUCUCUAAAAGAGAUGGAUAUUGACCCUAGUUUACUUCGGGAAGAAUUCGGUUUUAGUCACGAUUCAGUAUUCAAGAGCUUUGGAGAUGCCGAAGAUCCUGAACCUAAGACAGCUUAUGAAGUUGCUUAUCUAUCUUCUGAUACCUGGAAAAAGGUAAGAAAAUCAUCGGACGCUCUGAAAGGUUCUGAAGCUGACCUAAACGUUCGCAAGCCUGGAAUUGUAGCACAAACAGAAAAGGAUCCGGAAUCCGAGGAUGAUGAUGAAGAUUCUGGUAGUGAUAGUGAAGAGGAAAUGGUCGAUGGAAUAUUAUCUUCAGGCCCUAAGUCCACUUAUGAACUUCCAUCUCAAGCGGAACUGAUACAACGGGCUUUCGCUGGUGAUGAUGUGGAAGAAGAUUUUAUAAAACAAAAAGAGGCCGUGUUGGAUGAGGAAAAUCCAGAGCCAGAAAAACCAGUUUUGCUUCCCGGCUGGGGUCAGUGGACUGGCGUCCAAAAGAAGAGGGGUUUACCUUCAUGGAUGUUGAAAGAGCACGAGGCUGCAAAGCAGAAAAGGGACGAAUCUCUGAAGAAGAGAAAGGAUGCACAUCUUAAUAAUGUCAUCAUCUCAGAGAAGCUUGGUAAAAAGGCUGAGAAACUCCAUACGAAGACACUGCCUUAUCCUUACACAUCAAAAGAGGUAUUUGAACAAAGUAUCCGGAUGCCAAUUGGUCCUGAAUUCAACCCAGUGACUGCCAUCGGAGCACUCAACCGUCCAGAGGUGGUUAAGAAAGCCGGAGUUAUAAUCAAACCAAUUGAAUAUGAGGAUGUGAGUGUCCACGAGAGAGGCGAAGGCCACAAGCGUAGCGCUCCGAAACAAGGGAAAGUUAACGGUAAAAAACGUUCAAAGAAAUAGAUUACUGUAACAGCAAAUUUUUGGCAAUGAUGAUUGCUAUAUGUAUUUUAUUUUUAUUUGUUCUUAUUUUAAUGCUUGGGCUAUAGAUAGGAGUGUUUUGGUUCGACCAAAUUUUGUAGACGAUCUAUAUAGUGUGAGGAUAUUGUAUCCAUUUUUGGCCUAAUGAAACAUUAUUUAUUCA